AAGGCCGCCUUCGCCGACGCAGGCAGAUCGAUUUUCCACUCGUCGUCCUCCGCUCGCAGUGCGGCUGCCCGUUUUGCCUCGCAAACCAAGGCCGCUCCAAAAUCCGCUCCAACUUCAUCAUUGAGUGCUUCCGCCAGCAAGCCCCUGGUACGCAGGCUUCCAGUCGAGAUGAGCACUGCGGUGGAAUCCAUGUUGCCUUACCACAUUGCUACUGCCUCAGCAUUGAUGACCUCGAUGCUUUCCAUCUCUCAGCGUGGCUAUGGAUGGCUUCCUGAAGGUUAA